AUGAAAAAUACAGAUAAGUCUCUGUUGAUGGCCUUACCAACCGAACUGCGCUGUUACAUCUACGACUACUUCCCCGAGCGUGUUUUCAAACACGUGUUCCCCACGCCAGGUAUCGGCACCUGGGCAGAACUUCGAAUGCCGACCGCCCUACUUCAAGUGAACAAGACGAUUCUCGUCGAGGCUCAACAACACUUGAGGACGAGGAAUAUGCAGAAGUCCCCUAAAGUUACAAUCGGCCCAGUACCUAGGUCUGCCGCAAGGGAGGCUAUGUUCACCUUAAUAUCAGACAUCUUCCACGAGGCUAGGAGACAACGCAGUACAUUGUUAGCCCAACCCCAGAAACCGGGGGACGAUAACGGAACCAAACUCAUCAGUCUCGUCCUCGCAUCCUGGUACAACGAAAUCAUCCUGCCGCUACUCCUUCAGAACCCUAGCCUGGGCGAUGAUACCGAGGAACUGUAUCCAUUCGUGGGGCACACUUUGAGAAGAAUGGAACGGAAAAGGACCUGCGAAAUCAGCAUACGUGUGUUGUUUCCCGACGACGAAGAUGAUGGCGACUUCGUGGGUUAUAUGAUGUAUGAAUGGGAGAUUGUGAAGGACAUGACACGACUAGCGCUAAGCACCCGACCGGGGCCCCCACUGAAGGUUAUACCUCUGCGUCGCCGUCACAGACAUGAACUCAAGCGAGAAAUGAAGAUGUACUGGCAGAUGGAUUUUGAAAUUCGAAAGAUGGCUUCGAGCAUUAAAAUUGGAAAGCCAACGGCCCAGGAUCUGAUACUCUUCAGGAUACCCAAUCUGCAGACAGUCGAAGCCACUGACGAGCAACUGGUCUUCUCGCCGAUAGCCAGUUGA